AAUAAUAAUAAUAAUAAUAAUAAGAUUAUUAUCAUCAUUACUAUACUACUCUCAAUUGUUGUCAAGUGACAUUAAAUAUCUAUCAAUAGUUUUAUCAAACAAAUGCAAAAAAAUAUUUAACAAUGAACAAUAAUUGGAAUAUUGAAAUUCGAACGCAAAUUUAAACGACACAAUAUGAUUUACAAUUUGGUAUUUGGAAUUUUUGUUAUUAUUCAAAAGUUAUUCAAUUAAACCGAUCCAAAGUGUGUGUGUGUGUAUGUAUUGUAUUUAUGGUAGUUUUGUACAUAUGAAUAUUUUAUCAUUAAUUUGAAAACAAAAAAAGCGAGACAAAACAUCGAAAGUUUAUAUUUACAUAAUGAUUCAAAGGAUUAUCAUGAUUCUAUUAUUUUUCUAUAUCAUUACGGAUAUUAAUUAGUAACUUAAAGAACAUUGCAUAGAACUGAGUACUAUCAGGACAAUACAAUUUCUGAAAUUAUAACGAAAACAUUUUCAUUAGUUUUAACUAUAAAAUUAUGAACAGUGAAAUUUAUGGUGGCGAAACACUGUUAGGAUUGUUUAGUCCACCAACAGCUGGUCAGUUAUUACCAAAUUUAUUAUUAUCACCAAACGAAUCAUCCAACUCAUCAAUUGAUGUUCAUAAAUUGGCUAUGUCAUUAAAUUCCAAUUCUACACAGGGAAUUUCUAAUAUGAACAAAAUUAAUAAUAACAUUUUGCAACCUUUACAACAACAACAAACACAAAGACAAAAUCCUUAUGAAUAUCAAGAAUAUUUUUCACUAAGAAAUUCGUUAAUAGGUUCAUCAGUUACAUCAAGUACAACUGCAGCACCUGGAACAGUGACACCACCAACAACAAUGAUAAUAAAUGGUAUGCCUCAAGUAUCGAAUUCACUGGAACAUUAUUCACGAUUUCUUAAUUCUCGUGUCAAUUCUACUAAUGUUAAUAUCAGUGAUGGUGGCAGUAAUUGUCCUUAUAAUAAUGAUACAGAUGAAAAUGGAUUAGAUAUGAAACAAAAUAUUGAAAAGAUUAAAAGUCAUCCAUUAUUCCCCUUACUUGCUUUAAUAUUUGAAAAAUGUGAAUUAGCCACAUGUAUACCAAGAGAUGAGAAUUCCAAUAGUUCAGUUGAUGUUUGUUCAUCUGAUUCAUUUCAAGAAGAUAUAAGUAUGUUCACGAAAGAAAUGGCUUCUUCAAAUCGAUCAAUGUUUACUUCUGAACAAGAAUUAAAUUUAUUAAUUAUUCAAGCGAUUCAUGUGCUUCGGUUUCAUUUACUGGAAAUUGAGAAGGUUCAUGAAUUAUGCGAUAGUUUUUGUUCACGUUACAUUACAUGUUUAAAAGGUAAAAUGCCAUUGGAUUUAGUCUGUGAAGAUAGAGAAUCUGCCGCUGAUUCUACAGGUUCAGCAACAAGUCCAUUUUUAAAUCGUUCAUCUUCACCAAAUUUAUUUACUGAUCAAAAUGAAUCAUUAAUAAAUAGUCAACAGAACAAUUCUAAUUUGUAUAGUAAUAAUAAUAAUAAUGGCUCUGUGCAAAAUGGAUCAUUAUCACUUUCAAAUCAUCCUCUUCAGUCAUCAUCAUCUGCGUCGCUUACGCCAAAUUCAAUUCCUCACCUACAAGAAUCUUGCUUAUUUAAUUCGGAUUCAUUAAACAUUAUGCAAACAUUCAAUCGUACUAAUAACAAUAAUAAUAGUGUAUCAACUGUAGAAAAUUUUAAAACUAUUCUGUCUAAUGAAUUUGAACAUAAUCAAAUUAUUAAUUCUAAAAAUAUUGGUAUUACUGCAGAUUCGUCCAAAUUAAACUUUGGUUUAAAUGGAUCCAUGUCAUCAUCAUCCACAUCAUCAAUGGGUUCAACUUCACCUAAUGCACAAGUGUCAUCUGUGAGUCGCAACCAAACGGGAUUAAGUGGAUUAUCUAAUGCCACGUCUACUGCAGUUAUCCCAACUUCCAUAACUGCUGAAGCAGUUACUAUAACUGGCAUUCCCACUGUAACCGAUUCAAGCGAAAGCAGUUCAAUAGAAUCAUAUUCUGAUUCACAAGUUAAUUCUCAUUCAAAUUUGGCUCAAGUUUAUAUGAACCAGUCUAACUUUUACAACAUAAAUUCUCAUGAUGGUAAUAAUACAUGCUCAACUAUUAUUAACAAUACUAAUACUACUUCCACUACAACCACGUCUAUGAGUAGUAAAAUCCAUACAAAUGAUAUUGACAAUGAUAGUGCUGUAAUUAAUGAAGAUUCUGAUAAAUCAGUGAAUUUCCAUACAAAUCGGUUUGAUUAUUCUCCUCAAUCAUUAUAUACGAAUUCUUAUUAUAAUCAAUAUUUUUCACAAUAUAUACGAGAUAACAUUCCUUUGAAUAGUAUGUUACCAAAUAUGAAUGACACUCUAAACUAUACAGAAUCAUUAAACCAUCACAAUAUUAGUAGUAAUCAUACAAAUAGGAAUUAUGAAUAUUCUAAUCCUUGUGGAUUUUAUUCAAAUUUUUUCUUAAAUCCAAAUAAUAAUAAUAUACAUUCUGAUGAUAUAAUUAGUAAUUGUUCUACAUCUUCGACAAAAAUGAGUUCAACAAAUUCGUUACCUUAUCAUCAUCACCAAAAUCAACAUCAUCAUCUCCCUUCUCAUCAUCAGAAUACUCAGCAGCAGCAGCAUCAGCAUCGACAGUAUAACCAAUUGCGUAAUCAUUAUCAUUCAUUACUUAAUGAUGCAAUAAGUAAGGAUAACUGUAAUGAUUCCAAUUCCGUACAUUCUAUGCCAAAUUGUUCAUCAUCAACAAUGAAUUCUACAAUUCAACCGCCUAAUUUUAUUGAUCCUUAUAUCGAUGUUUCUGAUGAUGUACAGUCACGUUCACAUGAAACAACUCAUCUACAACAUGAAACUAAUCAAUUAGAGCAUAGUCCAAACUCAAUACCAUAUUUACAACAUGGAUUACAUUCUCAUUAUCCAGUACUUUCUAAUAGUUCGUCAAUUUCAAUAGCAUCCACAUCGCCAUCAUCAUCAUUAUCUACAUCAUCAUUACAAUAUCACAAUCUUUAUCAGUUACAACAUUUUCCAUCAAAUCAUACACAUUCAUCUUUAUUACAUAAUUCACAAUAUAGAGGAUAUCGUAAUAAUUGUAUACCACCAAGACCAGCAUCAAGAAUUCGACAUACAAAAGCAUCUUCAUUGAACGGUUCAACCCGUAGUGAUAGUUCAUUAAAUGAUGAUAUACAAGCAGAUAGAAUUGGGAUUAAAUCAAAUGAAUUAGGAGUAGAUGAAACUGGAUCACAAAAAGAUGUCAUGGAAGAAUUAGACUCGGAAACUAGAAAUGAUUUAAAAAGGCAGAAAAAGCGUGGAAUAUUUCCAAAAGUUGCUACAAAUAUCAUGAGAGCAUGGCUUUUUCAACAUUUAACACAUCCAUAUCCAUCGGAAGAACAGAAGAAACAAUUAGCUCAAGAUACAGGAUUAACUAUUUUACAAGUAAAUAAUUGGUUUAUUAAUGCACGUCGAAGAAUUGUACAACCUAUGAUUGACCAGUCUAAUAGAGCAGGACCACAUGGUUAUUCAAUCAGUGAUAAUAUGCCCCCGUGUAUAGACUAUAUGGAAGGUGGUCCACCAUAUUCAGCUUAUACCAGAGCAGCUCAAGCUGCAGCCGCUGCAGUAGCUGGAUUCUCAAAUCAUCCUACAUCAAAUGAUGUUUAUUUAGCCGCUGCUGCCGCAGCCGCUGCAGCUUCUGUUGGUUUUGGCAAUAGUUCCAUGUUAAACAAUUCAUCAAGUCAAGAUAAUUCGAUUCGAUUCCCUACUAAUAAUAGUCGUAGUGACCAAUGCGUUGGUGAUAUUUCACCAAAGACUAAUGGAAUAGAUUCACUUGUCAUGCCAACAGAUUAUACGCUACCAGAUCGUGUUAGUAUUGUAAAUAAUCGUUUGCCCCAUAAUUCAGUAUAUUCAGAUGACAUAAAUGAAAUUCCUUCGAAUUUAUCUUCUUCAUCAUCCACGUGUAAUAUACUAACAAAUAAUCCAUUUAAUAGCUCUGGUGUAGAUUAUACAACAGUAAAUAGUGCAUACAAUAAUAGUAAUACUACCCAUCAUCAUCAGCAGCAGCAAAAUAAUCCUCGUUAUUCCACUGUUAUGCCAUGUUCUAACUCUUUUGACGCAUCAAAUGGAUAUUCAUUAAAUCAUCUUUCAUAUCAUAAUUAUGGUUCCAAUAGUUUUGAUACAAUGUCCACAUUAUCGACAAAUUAUAAUACUAAUCUUAUACCAUCGCAUUAUAAUACCACACCAACAACCACAUAUUCACCUAAAAAUUAUCGUAUCAAUGAUACAGACAGUAACAGUUUUAUAAACUCUGAAGAUAUUUUAACGACUACUAAUAGUUCAAUUAUUCAUAAUAGUAGUAUGUCAGAUGAUACAAUUUUAGGCAUAAAUACUGUUACUACACCAUCACCAUCAAUGACAACAUGUAAAAAUAACGAUAUAGUUGAAAAUGAUGGGAUUAACAUUUAUUCAACUUGUUUAGGUACUAUUGGUUCAACAAAAUAAUGAUUCUUCAAAAAUAAAUAAAUCUGGAUCAUUUGAAGAAUAUUUCAAAUAUUUUUUUGUUGUUGUUAAAAAACCUCUUUCAUUUCUUCUUGAUGAAUGAAUGUAAAGUUAUUUUUUUCUUCUUUUCCUUGACUUCAACAACAACAGCAACAACAAAAAAAAAGACAAAACAAAAUAAAUGGGCAAAAAUCCGAGGUUUAUUUCCGGUGUUUGAAUAAACAGUAGAUUUGAGUAAAACAUAAAUAAACAUAUGGAAAUGAUAUGUAUUAGGGAAAAGUGAAAAAAAGGGGAAUAAUUCACUUACACGUAUAACUAUUACACACAAACACCUGAAUGUACUUGAAACAAGUUAUAUGGAAACUUAUGAUUUAUUUGUUUACUGUUGAUUUUCAUUUAUAAGAGAUCUGAAAAAAAGUGUUUCUCUUCUCUUCUGUAUUGUUUUUUUUUUGUAUUCAUAUUAAUUCAUCAUAUAGUUUAUUGUUCUUCAUUAAUACUAAUCUGACAGGCAUGCUUACCUUACUUAAUUGUAUUUACAUUAUUCAUAAUCGAAGUUCUAAAAAACCAAAACAAAACCAAAUACCAGGACAAUUCAUUCUUUCUAUUCUUAUUUACACAAUUUAUUUUAACUUUCAAUAAAAUAAAUAAAUAAAUGAAAAAAAAAGAUUCGAACAUAAACUGACUGAACUGUAAAAGAACUACUACUAUAUACUUAUUUUUGGAUAAGUUAAAAGAUAGACAAAGACAUUUAGACAUUCAAACAUAUACAAAAUUACGUUCAAUACAGGGUAUCAUUUGUUCUGAAUUAUUUUACCUUCAAAACCAGCUUAUAUAUACAUAUAUGAUGUUUUUGAGAUGGAGAGGUAGACUUCUUCAAUUCAUGCCUUCUUCAUUGUCUUUUUUCUUUUUCUAUUUCUCAAAUUUCAUUUUUCUGAAACAGGUUUCUUUCUAAAACCUAUCUGAUAUGUUAAACAAUAAAAAUUCUAAUAAAAGCAGUAAUGAUGUUCAUAACAAUAAUAUUAUGAUAAAUUUUGACAAGGGUAACACACAUUAACCAAUAAAAAUUAAUUGAAUUAUAAUACAGUUUUCAGUUUUAAAAU